AUGAAGAUACUUUUAGUGAAGCUCCAAAAUGGAAACUAUAAAGUUUGCCUGAUAAAGACAUCGGCUGAGCUGCCCGAGGAAAGCUCCAAACCUUUGAAUCCUAAACGAGCAGUUCGAGCUCCAGCUCCUGUUCCAGUUCCUGUUCGACGUCCAUUUCGGCGCACAAAGGCCAUGACGGCUCCAAAACCUCAGGCAGGCAAGGUGUCGAAGAGGAGGAGAAUACUGCUCACUGUUCUGACAGUUGUACUUGUACUAGGCGUACUGGCCACAAUAGGAUACUUUGUUAAACAGCUAAUUGAUACCAAGUACUUCUUCUGCACAAGCUCAGUGAAGUUCAUUCCACUCGAGCUAGCCUGUGAUGGGAAGAAAGACUGCAGCGGAGGAGAAGAUGAACUCACGUGUUUAUCAACAUUUACAGAAAACUCUACAUUUCCAGUACGUCUCUCUUCAGCUCAGAGGAUCCUCCAAGUGUACAGUCCCAGUUUAGGCUGGCGGAGUGUGUGCAGUGACGACUGGGCUUCUGAACACACACAGACCACUUGUACACAGCUGGGAUACACAAAUAAUCCCGGUAGCACCAGUAUCCCAGUGAGCAACUUGUCUUCACUCAGAACUGGACCUUUCACAGCAGUCAGACCUGGGAUUAAGAGCACAUCCAUUGAUGAGGCUACAUUUGAUAUCAAACAGUGUAAAACUGGUUCUGUGAUCUCUUUGACAUGCUCAGACUGUGGACAGGGGGGCCCUCAGGACCGUAUUGUUGGGGGCACAGAUGCUGUCAUCGAGCACUGGCCCUGGCAGGUCAGCCUGCAAUAUACUGGCCAGCAUACAUGUGGAGGUUCACUGGUGUCGCCGCGCUGGGUCGUCACUGCCGCCCACUGCUUCCCUGAGAAUAAACGGGUGCUGAGUCGGUGGAGCGUGAUGUCAGGACAGACGUACAUGAUCUCGGGGGGUUCUUCUGUGGACAGGAUCAUAAUAAAUGGAAAAUACAACGCAGACAAAAACGACUACGACAUGGCCCUGAUGAGGCUGACGAGCCCGAUCACAGUGGGAGUUAAGCGCCUGCCAGUGUGUCUCCCUCCAAAAGACCUGAACGUAGCCGACGACGCCCCGCUGGUUGUGACAGGCUGGGGAUUACUGGAAGAAAAUGGCAAGGCCUCUUCCACGCUGCAGAAGGCUGAUAUCAAUCUGAUCAGUCGGAGUACGUGUUCCAGUGCAAGCAUCUACGGUUCUUACAUUACACAAAGAAUGAUCUGUGCUGGUAAUCUGAAAGGUGGUGUGGAUGCCUGCCAGGGCGACAGUGGAGGCCCUUUGGUGUACGACGCCUCUUCUCAUUGGAAUCUGGUCGGAGCGGUGAGCUGGGGUGUCGGCUGUGCAAACGCAAACAGGCCCGGUGUUUACACAAACGUGGACGACAUGCUGAACUGGAUCUAUACAGUCAUCGAGAAAAACCCUUGAUGUUAACAGUGACCACAGUCAUCACAAGACUCCAGUCCAGUGUACCUCAGACUGAAACUGAAGGACAAUGGUUUUGUUUCAGUGGCUGUUUUUAAAAGGGAAGCUAUGACCAGCUGCAAACAUUGCACACAUACAGACGUAUUUCAGGUGUUUGUGCCAUUUCAGUUAUCUCAGGGGACUGGUAAAGUUUGAUCUGUUUGGUUCAGAUUGCAGACAUAAACUUGUUUUACCUCUUGAAAUGCUGUAACUCGACCUAAAUAAGAAAAAGCUUUGUCAAGAAGUCAAAGGAGUGAGUGUGAGCGAUCAGAUUCCUCUUACGUUUUUACAUCUAAGACAGGAAUGCCUCUUUUCUUCUACAGCAUGAUUCAUAUCAGCACUUUAAUUAAACAUUUGUUACUUGACUUUACAGCAUGUGAAGAUGGGUCAAAAAACUCAGUGAAAAUUGCACUGAAUAAAGAAAAACACAUUUGCUGACAGGUGUUCAGAUUUCCAGUGUAAGAACAGACUGCUUGUAGAAAACUCAACUAUGGCCACUGGAUUGUUCUCUCCACUUGUAACGAUUUAUCCUCAAUGUUAAAAUUCCUGCACUUAAUCAAAUGUGUUGUUUUGUUUAAGUGAUUCAAGUUAAACUGUGUUGACUCCACAGAGAUCUAAUCAAGUAUGGAUUGACGUUUUGCACUGAAAUGUUGUAUAUUGUAGUUUGAGUUUCAUAAGGUUUUAAUUCAGUGAGUCUUGGUGACUGCAUUUUGUUUUCACUUUUUUAAUACC